AUGGGUUGCGCUCGCGUUAUGAACCCCGUGGACAGCGCCGGCAAACGCAACGAGAUAUACAUCGUAUGCGUGUAUAACGUGGUCGGGAAUGAAAAUGGCGAUUACUUGAGAAAUGUGAAGCCAGCCGUUAUUGAAGUCAAGGACGCCUUUCCGGACAAAACAAAUCAGCCAUUUUUGAACGACUGUCUCAAAAUCACAAACGAACUCCGAACUGCUCACAAUUCUCGUCCAAUUCAUUACGAUGAUUGGUUAAAAAAGUACGCCAUAAAGAGGGCGAAAGACUUGUCAAAGGGGGACGGGUUGUCGUUAAAGCAUAUGGAUCUUGAAAAAGAUGUCGGCGAGAAUGUAUACAGAGCCGUUGGUGGAGAUAAAGUAAAAAAUUGCACGAAUGUCAUUAAGAAUUGGUACCACGAGAAAUCAUCUUACAAGUACGAUGAGCAUCAAUUCGUGCCAACAGCGAGUUAUUUCACGCAACUAAUGUGGGACGCGACCGAUAAGAUGGGUUGCGCUCGCGUUAUGAAGCCCGUGCCAAGAGCCGUUAAAAUCUACGAGAUAUAUAUCGUAUGCGUGUAUAAAGUGGCCGGGAAUAAGCCUGGGGAGUCCGCCUUUCCGGACAAAACAGAUCAGGCAUUUCUGGACGACUGUCUCAAAAGCACGAACAAAGCGCGAACUGCUCAUAAAACUCGUUUAAUUAAAUACGAUAAAGAGUUACAAAAUUACGCAAAAGAGAGGGCGAAAUACGCGUCAACUGGAAUCGGGCUAUCGUUAAAGCAUAUGAAUCUUAGAGAAGAUGUCGGCGAGAAUAUAUACCGAGCCGUUGGUGGAGAUAAAGUAAAAGUUUGCGCGAAUGCCAUCAAGAAUUGGUACAGCGAGAUCUCAUACUACAGCUUCCCUGUGAGUCUAUUCGUACCAAAAGCGGGUCAUUUCACGCAACUAAUGUGGGACGGGAGCGAUAAGAUGGGUUGCGCUCGCGUUAUGAACCCCGUGGACAGCGCCGGCAAACGCAACGAGAUAUACAUCGUAUGCGUGUAUAAAGAGGCCGGGAAUGUGAAGGGCGAGUACAAGGCUAAUGUGAAGCCAGCUGUUGGCCAACAUAUUGGCAAUUUUGCCUCCGUUUUCGACUUACCCACACUCUCGGCUGAGGACGACUUAUUUGAUGAGUCCGCCUUUCCGGACAAAACAGAUCAGGCAUUUCUGGACGACUGUCUCAAAAGCACAAACAAAGCCCGAACUGCUCAUAAAACUAGUCUAAUUAAAUACGAUAACGAGUUACAAAAAUACGCUAAAGAGAGGGCGAAAUACAUGUCAACGGGAAUUGGUUUGGCGUUAAAACACAAGAACCUUAAAGAAGAUGUCGGAGAAAAUAUAUACCGAGCCGUUGGUGGAGAUAAGGUGAAAGUUUGCAUGAAUGCCAUCAAGAAUUGGUACAGCGAGAUCUCAUACUACAGCUUCCCUGCGGGUCUAUUUGUGCCAAAAGCGGGUCAUUUUACUCAACUAAUGUGGGACGCGACCAAAAAGAUGGGUUGCGCUCGCGUUAUGAACCCCGUGGACAGCGCCGGAAAACGCAACGAGAUAUACAUCGUAUGCGUGUAUAAAGAGGCCGGGAAUGUGAAGGGCGAGUACAAGGUUAAUGUAAAAUCACCUACCAAGAAAAUUGCCAAUUUUGCUGCCAAUUUGGAUCUCGAUGUAACUACGCUAUCGCCAGCCGAUGCCUUAUUUAAUGAGCCCGAU